GGUUCUUCCACUCAAAUCCUUCCAAUUCGAAACACGAAAAAGUAACGUAUACGUAUUCUGUUCUUCUUGAAUAGCAGGCAGGGGUUUUUGGAGUUACAGUUGUGAAGUUUCAGUUUCAGACUUCACAGUUUGGUGUGCUCUGUGCAUAGAGAAAACCAACUGUUUCCAUGGCCACGAAAGCCUUCCUUCUCUAUCUCCUCUCUACUUUCUCAGUUGCUAUUCUCUCUGUGCUAUUCUUCACUCAUCAGAAUGAUCACAUCUCUUACCAAACCCGCCUUUCUUCCCUCAAUUCCAAUCUCUUGCACAUGGAAGCAACGGAGACAGUGUGGCCGGAUUUGGCGUUUAACUGGAGACUUGUGCUGGCCACAGUGAUUGGUUUUCUGGGAUCGGCGUGUGGAACUGUGGGAGGGGUAGGAGGGGGUGGUAUAUUUGUCCCUAUGCUUACCUUGAUUGUUGGCUUUGAUACAAAGUCGGCUGCUGCUAUUUCCAAAUGUAUGAUAAUGGGGGCUUCUGCAUCAUCAGUGUGGUACAACUUGAGAGUGCCCCAUCCUACUAAGGAAGUACCCAUAAUAGAUUAUGAUCUGGCACUUCUCUUUCAGCCCAUGCUCAUGCUUGGGAUCACACUUGGUGUGGCUCUCAGCGUGGUCUUCCCCUACUGGCUCAUCACUGUUCUCAUCAUUAUUCUCUUCUUGGGCACUUCAUCAAGGUCUGCUUACAAAGGGGUUGAGAUGUGGAAGGAAGAGACUAUGUUAAAGAGGGAAUUGGCAAACCAACAUGAAGCUCGAGUUGACUCUCGUGGCGAACUUCUAAUUGAUACAGAAUAUCAGCAAUUAAAUCCCAGAGAAGAAAAGUCAAUGAUGCAAACACUAUGUUUCAACCUCAGGUGGAAAAGGGUGAUGGUGCUAGUAAUUCUUUGGGGGGCUUUUCUACUUCUUCAAAUCAUCAAGAAUGAUUUAGCUACUUGCAGUACAUGGUAUUGGGUUCUCUUCUGCUUACAGUUUCCUAUAGCAUUUGGCGUUUUUGGAUAUGAAGCACUCAAGUUGUACAAAGAUCACAAGAAGAGAAUGGGCACAGGGAAUUUAGAAUCAAUUUGCGAGGCUUCAAUUGCAUGGACUCCAAUCCACAUAGCAUUUUGUGCACUCUGUGGUAUAUUGGGAGGCACUGUUGGGGGUCUGCUUGGAUCUGGUGGAGGAUUUAUUCUUGGCCCUCUCCUACUAGAAAUAGGUGUUAUCCCACAGGUUGCUAGUGCAACAGCUACAUUUGUGAUGAUGUUCUCAGCAUCCUUAUCGGUGGUGGAGUUCUACCUCCUCAAGCGGUUUCCUAUUCCAUAUGCUUUGUACCUUACAAGUGUUUCUAUCUUGGCUGGCUUUUGGGGACAGUUUCUUGUAAGGAAAAUAGUUACAUUUCUCAAGAGAGCAUCAAUCAUAGUAUUCGUCCUCUCAGGUGUCAUCUUUGCUAGUGCCAUCACAAUGGGUGUCACUGGCAUCACAUCGAGCCUCCAAAUGAUAGAAGAUGGCGAUUUUAUGGGUUUCUUGGACUUCUGUAGCAGUCAGUGAUCGCUGAUAGCAAUGCAGAAUAGAUGCCAUAAUUGGGACGGGAAAUUAAUUCACUGUAUAAAGAUCAUUAGGAGUUGUUGGCCAACACAUAGUUGUCCAACUCAAAUAACGACAUUGUGAAGCAAUAAAAGAAGUGUGUUAGGUCUUGGUUGCUUGUUAGCUACCGCUAACUCAUGAACCAAGCUAGUGUGCUGUGCUGUCUCUGGUUUAGGUUAAGAUUUGCUUGUUAGCUUCUGGCUAACACAUAAAAAUAAGUGCGAGUUUUCAUAGGUUGUGUUGCAUGUUAGCUACUGGCUAACACCAUCAUCUUCCUGCCUUUUGUAAUCUCAUCAUUCAAUGUAUUCAUCAUCUCAUUCUUGAGUGUCAAA